AAUAUUGUGUUGUCUGCUUCAAUCCGACUAACUAUCCGUCCGAAUUCCGAAAAUAAUAUUCGAUUAAAUCUUUGUUCUUUAUAACUGAAGCAACUUUGAAAUGGCAAAACGACUUCAUUGUGAAGCUAUCAAAGCGGUUUUGGUGGAUUUAAGUGGAACUCUUCACAUUGAAAAUAAAGUAACACAUGGAGCAGUAGAAGCUUUAGAAAGACUGAAAGGCACAGAUAUAAAUGUAAGAUUUCUCACCAAUACAACUAAAGAAUCUAAAAGUUAUUUGUAUGAAAGACUUACCAAAUGUGGAUUUACUGUGGAGAAAAACGAUAUUUUUACUUCACUAACGGUCUCCCGCCAGUACAUAGAAAAUCAUCACUUAAAUCCAUUACUCUUACUUGAGGAGGCGGCACUGGAAGACUUCGAAGGACUUCAGCGCUCCGGAGAAAUGAAUGCUGUAGUAGUAGGGUUGGCCCCCAGUAAGUUUGAUUAUGAAACCAUGAACAGUGCUUUUAAGAUUUUAAUGAAUGGAGCUGAACUGAUUGCCAUUCACAAGGGCCGUUAUUAUUCUCGCGGAGAUGGAUUAGCUCUUGGACCUGGACCAUUUGUUUCAGCUUUAGAAUUUGCCACUGGCAAAACCGCUUCAGUUAUGGGCAAGCCAGAAAAGAAAUUUUUCCUCUCUGCGUUAGAGGGAUUGAACUGCGAACCCCACGAAACCAUAAUGAUCGGAGAUGAUGUACGCGAUGACGUUGAAGGGGCACUCCUAGCUGGCUUUAAAGCUAUUCUUGUUCGUACUGGAAAAUAUCGUCCAGGAGAUGAAAACCGUUCAAGUGUUCCGCCAACUGCAGUUUGUGAUAAUUUUUCAGCUGCUGUUGAUUAUAUAUUAAAUUGAGUCUUGCAGUUAUAUUGUCGACUUUGUGCUCUACCUACCGAUUUCUGGAAAUAAAGCAAGUUUUAUUUCGCA